AUGAGCCUUUCUCGAUUCGAUGUAGACCCUGGGGAUCUCUCAUUGCUUCAAACCCUCACCGGUAUAGCAAACGAGAAGGAGCUUGAAGAACAUAUAUCCGUUGUUCAGAAUAAGGCGAAUCGAAUUCACAACUACCCAUGCAUUGGCUUAUUCACUUUCACAAAUAUCAAACUUUCUCCUAACUAUCAACAGGUUCUCUCGCUGAUCAGAUCUCGCAAAGACGCACUAUUUCUGGAUGUGGGAUGCUGCGUUGGGAAUGCCCUUAGAAAGGUUGUUGCUGAUGGCUGGCCUGCAGAGAACACUAUUGGGAUCGACCUGCACAAAGAAUUUUGGGACAUCGGUCAUGAAUUGUUCAGAUCAACCUCAGAUUCCUUUCCUGCGGGUUUCAUAGGAGGAGACAUAUUUGAUGACACAAUUCUCGCUCCCAUCGACGAUUCCGACACCAUUCCGAAGCUAAACUUAGAAACGGUAGACCUUCACCAUCUCACUUUCCUUACUCCCUUACGACGACGUGUUUCCGCUAUUUACGCCUGCAAUGUGUUCCACCUCUUCACUGUGGAAAAACAAUCAGAGCUUGCCAAGCGACUUGCAUAUCUUUUGAUGCGCAAACCAGGCUCAGUUAUCUUUGGUUCUCAUGGAGUCGUGCCGGCCCAGCGUGCUGCGAAGGAUGUAGGACCAAAUUUGUUUCACUCUGCCAAAAGCUUUACAGAAAUGUGGUCUGAAGUGUUUGAGGCUGGCAGUGUGGACAUCUCUUGGAAGAUCAAAGUUAGACCGCAGAGAAGGCUUAGCGUGCUUGGCGAAUGGGACAUAAUCUGGUGGAGCGUAACUUGUAUAUGA